CUCUCCGGCUCCAAGCACCGGAGCCUGACCAAGCCGGGCUCUGAUCAUUGCACAGGCCCUAUCUAUCCACCCUGCAGUUCAGGCUCCUCAGGGCUCCCCUCCAGCCGGAACUUUGCUCUUCUGCUCCUGGGGACAGAGUUGGGGUUUUCACCUAACAAGAUUCACACACGCGCAGGCGUGUCCUCAUCUCCCAGGGUCACAGCGUUUCCCUUUUGCCAAUCCGAGUCACUCUUCAGGAACCCCCACAGCGGAACCUCAGAACCCCAACAUGGCCAGACAGUUAUGCAUCAGCCAAACAGAGUUCAAGUUCCUGGGUGGCUUCUUCCACCCAUAACCGAGGUUCUUGCUCAAGGCAUUGCUGCUCCCAGCCUGGCCUCAGUACUACAAGGCUGUUCUGAGAACUCAACACAGAAUGGGCCAGCCCUGCUCCUAUUUUGAUGGUAUUGUCUCGACACAAUUAGACUUUUAUUUUCCUGCUGCCUCUGGGCAGUUCUAGGGGUUGUUUAAAAGCCUUCUUCCUCUUUGGCUGGCUAAUUGUCUUUUCUGGACAGAGGCCUGUGAGUAUCAGCUGUACUGUGUGCCAGCUUUCAUUGGCCCUUUCCAGGACAUUUGAUUGGUUUGCAGCCAGCUCUCUGUCACAUGGAUGGGAUGGGGCUUGUGGGGGGGGGGGGCGGUGUUUGAGAAUAAGCAAACCCCUCUAACCAAAGGCUUGUUAAGGAUGCGCUAGUGAUUAACACUCACAGCUCAGGGCCACCUUGUUCAUGAACUGGCCACUUUACCUGCACGGCUACCCUCGAGCAAGUUACAGAUGAGGACUUCUCGAGGCUCCAGGAGAUGAUGGGUAGCCCAGGCUGAUCUCAAACUUUCGGUAGUCGUUCUGCCUCAGCUUCUCCAAGCACUAGGAGGUUGCAGGUGUGAGCUAGUUACCGCACCCGGCUCCACCCAGCUUUUGAGAUGGAAUGAGUUCUGGCUGACCUAAACAUCUGGUUUUGCACAGUCAUACUGCGGAAUAGUGAGAACUAAUGUUACACUUUCUACAGCCACUGUGACAAAGUCCUACCAACUGGAUGACUUGAGGAAUAGCAAUUAGCCUCUCUUGGGUCUGAAGGACCCAUAAUCAGGUCUGAAGUCCAUAAUCAAGGUAUUAGCAGGCACACAAUCAGAAGUCUCUGGGGAUGUUCCAUUGCCCCUUCCAGCUUCUGGUAACUUUCGAUCAUCCUUGGCUUAUAGCAGCAGAUUUUGGGUCCCCAUUCCCAUCUGUCUGUCUGUCUGUCUGUCUCUCUGUGUGUGUGUGUGUGUGUGUGUGUGUGUGUGUGUGUGUGUGUGUGUGUACAUCUAUGUCUAUAGCCUCUUCCUUCAAAGACACCUGUUGUUGGAUUGGGAGUUCUCCCUACAUUCAGGAUGGUGCAAUCUCAAGAGCCUUAACUACUUACAUCUGCAAAGAACCCAUUUCUGAAUAACACCACAUUCUCAGGCUCUAUGUUGACAUGAAUAAGGUGGUCACUGUCACACACCAUGCAAACAAGCAGCAUAAAGCAUAGAGCUCAUCCGAGGGACUCGGAAAGAGCCACAUGAAAACAGUCCCAUUUGUGGUGCUGAAUCUAAACUUUGGCGGUAACUAUCAGUGAUGGUACAGUCCCUUGAGCUGCCACAGAGGCAACCUUGUCACUUUGGAAGUUGGAUCAAGCGCUCACCCUCGGGCCUCACCUCAAAGUCACCGAGUCAGGUUUUGGGAAACAAUCUGAUAGAUGAUGCCAAGGCUCGCCUGAGAAAGUCUGAUGUCGGGACCAGAUAUUCUCACCUGUCCUCUAAUAAAUUCUCUGUCCUUGUACCACUGCUGGCCAGAGGAGGAAAGUUGUAUUUGAUGUUCACGGUCCGCUCAGACAAGCUGAAAAGGGAACCUGGAGAAGUCUGCUUCCCUGGAGGAAAGAGGGACCCGGUGGACACAGAUGACACAGCCACUGCUCUCCGUGAAGCCCAGGAGGAGAAUGAUGCACUGGUAACCCCCGUAGUGGGUUUUCUAGACCACAACUUCCAGGCCCAACCUAAUGCUGAUGAAGUGAAGGAAGUCUUCUUUGUGCCUUUGGACUAUUUCCUCCAUCCCCAAGUCUACUACCAGAAGCAAAUCACACAGUCUGGCCGUGAUUUCAUCAUGCAUUGCUUCGAGUACAAAGACCCUGAGACUGGUGUGAACUACCUAAUCCAGGGAAUGACCUCAAAACUGGCUGUGUUGGUGGCCUUAAUUAUUUUGGAACAAAGUCCUGCCUUCAAGAUUGAUUUUGAUCUCCAUGACCUGAUACCGUCUUGUGAAAGGACCUUCCUUUGGAGAUAUUCUUUAAGCAAGUUGUGAAGACCCUGAAACCCAAAAGAACGUACAUGAGGUUUUUGUGUGAGCUUAUGCUCAGAACAACAGUGUUUAGCAAGUGGCAUCUGACAGGUGUGAAUAUUUUCCUACAAUGUGGCUGUGAGAUCCUUGCCUGACUUCCUGUUGCUGCUUUAGAACACUAAAAGUCUUUCAAAACUGGAAAAAUGCACUGGCAGGGGAGAAUAAUUUUACCCAUUUAAAAAAAUGGCACGAUUUUUAGUCAUAUUAGGGAUAUCUGUCACAUAGUAGGCACUUAAUAAAUAUUUGUCAAAUAUAUGGCUUGCAAUAUUCAUCUUAUUUUAGAGUAUUUGAAAUAUGUUUUUAAUCCAUUGUUUCAUCUAGCAAAAACUUCUGACUAACCGUUCAAACCUACCCUCCUGGGGUUAGGGAGUAAUUCCACCAUAAAGUGCCUGUCUUACAAGCAUACGGUUCUGAGUUUGAUCACCCAGGUACAAUGACCCAGGUGUGGUGAUGUACACUUGUUAUCCUAAAAUUGAGAAUAUGGAACCAGGCAUCUCUGAGGCUUUCUGUCCAGGCAACCUACCCUGCUUGGCAAACUCCAGGCCAAUGAGAGCCUCUGUUUAAAAAGAGGUUGGUGGUGCCAGAGGAAAAACAUGUAAGAUUGACCUACACACACAUGCUCACACAUGUCCAUACACACACACACACACACACACACACUUUACCCUCCUCGAUUCCAUGACAGUAGAGGUUAAGCUGGCUCAGCGGUCUCUCCAGGAGCUCUGCCAUCCAAUGGACGCCCUGGGAUUCAGUUUGCAGCAACAACGUGAUGUAGGAGAAAGAUGACGCUGCCAGUUGCGUUAGAUUCAAAAGAGAAAGCAAACUCCCCUGGAGCCCCACUUUCUGUCUUCCGUGAGCUACCGUGUAGAUAUAUCUGCAACCCAACCAGGUGGGUGGAGAAAUCCCGCAAGGAAAUGGCAGAAAGCAAAGAAUGGUCAACGCCUGGCUCUCUGAGCGACCCUGAAGCAAAGCAGCCUGUUACGACGGGUCAAUGAUAGAUGACAGUAAUAAAAUUCUGUCAUCUUUCUGCAUUGUAAUUUUGGGUCCUUUCAUUACAGUGCUGCUGCAACCCUAAAAAAUAUAUAAUACUUGAGAACAAGAUGAGUAUUUAUCCAAGUUCGAGGGAUUGGAAGCAAAAUUGCCAUCCCCAGCUCUGAUUCCGUGCGUGAAAGCCUCUGUGAUGUGUGCGGGAGGGGGCAGGACUUCCCAAGCAACAGAAACAGAUGAACAGGAGAGGCCCAUGGACCUCCAAAUAUAACCAGCCAUCUCCCAGUGUGCUAAAGGCAAAUAAAACACCUAUUUCGAGCACAAAUCCCAAAUCAGAGAGACAAGCAUUUCAAACUGCAUGCUUUGAGAUCUCCUGCCUCCUCAGUGGCCUUCACCACAGACCAUGCCUCAGCCCCAGCAGGGAUUUCUUUGUUUAAUUAGGAUGUUAACUGUGCCAAGGUCAGAGAGGCUGGUAAGUGAAGCCACAUAACCACAACUCUACGAUGCUAAUUUCACAUCCUACUGGGAAGUAUUAUUAGAUUUUCAUAACUAUAGCUGAAACCUGAUGCCGUCCCUAAACCUAGCAGUCUGCCAGAAAAGUGUUGCUGCUGAAGAAGUGUCCAUUGCUGCUGAAGAAGUGUCCAUUGAUGUUGAGUUUUGGUUUGUUUUUUUUUUUCCCCUCUUGAAGUUGGCAGAGGCAAGUACCCAGUCCACUGCUUUAUGCUCAUCAAUGUUUAAAUGGUGCAAAUCUGGAUCCAACCAGGAAAGCAGAUGUUGGGUGAGCAUCCCCAUUAACAUUCUGCAACUAUCUCUGCAUGAGCAGGCCUGAGCCAUUUCUGGACAAUUACAGAGGCAUUUGCAAAUGUGUAUUUACAAUCUGACAGCAGUGUAAUUGCUGGUUAGAUGGCUGACCUCUCUGGCGGUGCAGGAAGCCUCCCUUCACGCUGUUGAUGUGAACUACACGGGCCUUGCUUGCUUUCCAGAAGGCAUUGGGGCAGCUGAACUCUACAACCUGAAGACACCCAAGUUAGAGUGUGGGUAUUUAUUAAUAGCAGCAUUAUGGUUCCUGUCCUUUAUUAAUAUUUUAUUAUAGCUAUGUUCAGGGCUCUAAUCUAAAUAUCAAAUCUAGAUCAAAUCAAAAGAAGUUUUGGGGGGGCUGGAGUGAGAACUUCAUGAGCAAAGUUCUAUUCUUAGAACCCAUGGGAUGUUUGUUUGUUUGUUUGUUUGUUUGUUGGCUUGCUUUUUAAAGUUAGACACUUGUUUGCAAUCGCAGGGCUAGGGAAGGGAAGCAGGGAGAACCUCAUGAGGCUCAUUGGCAGCCAGCAAAACAAAAUGGGCAGACUCCAGGCCACUGAAAGACCUUGUCUCAAAACAUAAGACAGUUAGUAAUGUGGUUGCUGUCCAAGCAUAACAAGACGGUUCAGUUUUUGUUGUUAGUUAAGUGUUUGCUGCCCAAACAUAAGGAAAUGGUUAAGUUAAUAAAGUGUUUGCUGCCCAAGUGUAGACAUCCAAGUUUACACCCCCCACCCCCCGCAGAAUCUAUAUAAAACCUGGACAUGGCAGUACGCGUCUGUAAACUCACUGCUCGGGGUAGAGAAAGUGGAUGCUAUCGGCUUGCUUGCUAGACAGUCUAGUUGAAAUGCUGGCCUUCACGUUCUAUGAGAGACCACCAAAAAUAAAACAGAAAUGAUU